CAGGAGGAGGAGUCGAGUGAGACGUUACAGACAAAGUAAUGACAACUAUAUAAACUUGUAUAGGCCAAGGACUAUGUGAGUGUUUUCCUCUCAGUACAAAUGUACCAGAAGUGGAACAGACAGUAGGAGGCGCAAAGCACAGACUUUACACAGACGCACCCUGAAGUCCUCCAAGCCGAACCUUCGUACCAGGAACUUCUCUCUAUGCUCUGACUUGAGGCCUGGGCCGUGAGAUGGGAGACACCAUGGUGGAACCAGUACCUGUGAAGCUGUCGGAUCAGUCGCUGGUGUUACGGGGCAAUGGAGGGAGUCCCCUGUGUGUCAUUACGGAGGGCGUGGGGGAGGCGUCGUUGGUUAUAGACCCAGAUGUGGCGCAGAAAGCCUGCCAGGAGGUGCUUGAGAAAGUCAAGAUGAUUCACGGCUCCUCUGUCGAGAGCUUGGACAAAGUAGAUGGUGGAGAUGCUGGAGAUGGAGGUUCUCUGGCCAAUGGGCACACAGAGCCGGAACUUAUUGAGACUGGACAUACUGCCGCCAGCUCCAGGAUUACUGAAGAGGAGUCUCUGUUGGACAUAAACAGUGUAAAGACCGCCCGCCGGAGACAGAAGAACAACUCGGCCAAACAGUCGUGGCUCCUGCGGCUCUUUGAGUGCAAAUUAUUUGACGUUUCCAUGGCGAUUUCAUACCUGUACAACUCCAAGGAGCCGGGGGUCCAGGCCUACAUCGGUAACCGGCUCUUCUGUUUCCGCAAUGAAGACGUGGACUUUUACCUGCCGCAGCUGCUCAAUAUGUACAUUAACAUGGACGAGGACGUGGGCGACGCAAUCAAACCCUACGUGGUCCAUCGGUGCCGCCAGAGCAUCAACUUCUCCCUGCAGUGCGCGUGGCUCCUGGGCGCUUACUCCUCCGACAUGCACAUCUCCACCCAGCGGCACUCCCGCGGCACCAAACUGCGGAAACUCAUCCUUUCCGACGAGCUCAAGCCCGCCCACAAGAAGAGAGAGAUCCCGCCCCUUAGUCUGGCCCCAGAUACGGGCCUCUCGCCUUCCAAGAGGACUCACCAAAGGUCCAAAUCUGAUGCCACGGUCAGCAUCAGCCUCAGCAGCAACCUAAAGCGGACAUCGAGCAACCCCAAAGUGGAGAACGACGACGAGGAGCUCUCAUCCAGUUCGGAAAGUCUCGAUAGGUCGUUCUCCUCCCCGGUGCGCCUCGCUCCUGAGAGGGAAUUCAUCAAGUCUCUCAUGGGCAUCGGAAAGCGCUUGGCCACCCUCCCCACCAAGGAGCAGAAGACCCACAGACUUAUCUCGGAGUUGUCUUUACUCAACCACAAGUUGCCCGCACGGGUCUGGCUGCCCACCGCCGGCUUCGACCACCAUGUUGUGAGGGUGCCGCACACACAGGCCGUUGUACUGAACUCCAAGGAUAAGGCCCCUUAUCUGAUCUACGUGGAGGUUCUUGAAUGUGAAAACUUUGAGACAUCGCUGGUCCCGGUCCGAAUCCCAGAGAAUCGAAUCCGCAGCACCCGCUCCGUAGAGAACCUGCCUGAGUGCGGCAUCAGCCACGAGCAGCGAGCCAGCAGCUUCACCACCGUCCCCAAUUAUGAUAACGAUGAGGAGGCCUGGUCUGUGGAUGAUAUCGGGGAGCUGCAGGUGGAGUUGCCUGAACUUCAUACAAACAGCUGUGACAACAUCUCUCAGUUUUCGGUGGACAGUAUCACCAGUCAGGAGAGCAAGGACCCCGUGUUUAUAGCGGCCGGCGACAUCAGGAGGCGUCUGUCGGAGCAAUUGGCUCACACCCCAACUACGUUCCGCAGGGACCCCGAAGACCCCUCGGCUGUGGCCCUUAAGGAACCUUGGCAGGAGAAAGUCAGGAGGAUCAGGGAGGGCUCCCCCUAUGGGCACUUCCCAAACUGGAGGCUCCUGUCAGUCAUAGUGAAGUGUGGGGACGACCUGCGCCAGGAGCUCUUGGCCUCUCAGGUGCUGAAACAGCUGCAGUCCAUCUGGGAGAGCGAGCGGGUGCCUCUGUGGAUCCGGCCGUACAAGAUCCUGGUGAUUUCGGCAGACAGUGGAAUGAUUGAGCCGGUGGUGAAUGCGGUGUCGAUACAUCAGGUGAAGAAGCAGUCGCAGCUCUCGUUGUUGCAUUAUUUCCUGCAGGAACACGGGAGCUGCACCACCGAAGCUUUCCUCACCGCUCAGCGCAACUUUGUACAGAGCUGCGCCGCCUACUGCCUGGUGUGUUACCUGCUGCAGGUCAAGGACAGGCACAAUGGGAACAUCCUCCUGGACGCCGAGGGCCACAUUAUCCACAUCGACUUUGGCUUCAUUCUCUCCAGCUCCCCCCGGAACCUCGGCUUUGAGACCUCGGCCUUCAAGCUCACGGCUGAGUUUGUGGAUGUGAUGGGAGGGCUGAAUGGGGACAUGUUCAACUACUACAAGAUGCUAAUGCUGCAGGGACUGAUUGCUGCCCGGAAACACAUGGACAAAGUGGUGCAGGUUGUGGAAAUCAUGCAGCAAGGUUCCCAGCUGCCCUGCUUCCAUGGCUCCAGCACUAUCCGUAACCUGAAGGAGCGUUUCCACAUGAACAUGACGGAGGAGCAGCUACAGAUCCUGGUGGAGCAGAUGGUGGACGGCAGCAUGAGAUCCAUAACCACCAAACUGUACGAUGGAUUCCAAUACCUGACCAAUGGCAUCAUGUGACCCGCCCCCCAGGAGCCACCGGCCGGCUGGAUCAGCUACGGUUUACCUUUCACCAAACUCUUUAUUUUUGAACUGUUGGGCAGGGAGAGAAUGAAGCCCCCACAGCACAUUGUACAGGAUCAUGACUUAGAAUGAGCGUAUUCCUUUGGGGCUGGUGGGCUGCCCUGCACCUCCCUGGCUACAGCACUAGGCUAUGGUGACCACUAUGCAGGCAACUGCCCCACCCCCGCUCAUUCAUUCAGUAUUUCCACUCAGUGUUUGUCUCCUCCCCUAAGAUCCUCUCUACUAUAUCACUCCCCCAUAUUCUCAUUUCACGUGCUCCUCCCCCCCAUGUGAUCUAGCUCCUCCCACCUGCUCCUGACUUUGCCACUUUGCUUUCCCAUGUGAUCAAGCUCCUCCUUUGAGGUCCCUACCUUAAUGCUCCUCCCAGCAGUUCCUCUCUGCAAUUUCAAUCACCCCCACUGUGUAAUUAUAAACAUUGCGCCCCCCCCCCCCCGUAUCAUGCUUUGUGUCUCCCAUAAUGCCCCUCAUUGCUAUACUGUGGGAUUAUUCACACCCACGAGGUUCUGUCCUAAAACUUCCUCAUGUGAUCAGGCACCUCCCACCAAGGAGGUGGGGGAGGGGUCAGUCUCCAGACCUCCUCUGUGGAAGGUUUAAAGCGGAACUGGAGGAAAGGGAGAUGCAGAUUAACCCAUUGGGGCCUGGUAAUGUGACAGCUACUUGCCCCACCUAUUGGCACCAGUGUAUGUACAUCCAUGCAUCUAACGGCCCCAAAACCCUAAAUUCAGCUGCACACAGGCAGCCCCUCACCCCCCAAGGUUUUUUUAUAGUUUCCUUCGCACCCCUCUAAGCUCUUUGAUUCCCUUACUGACCCCUGAUAGACGAGCAGCUCUAUGGCAGCACCUGCCUGUUACUGGGAGGGGCAACUUCUUACCCCCUGUAUAUGGAAUCCCCUCUGAUUAUUCUCUUUUAUUUAUAUGAUUUUAUUAGGAAAUGUAUCACUCUCUGUAACUCCCUGCUACCCUCUGCCGUGGGCCCCAAGAGCAGAACAGCCCUUUUAGGGCCCCUCCCCCUGUGCCCCGGCCCACAAGCAAACGUUUAGCCUCCAACACUGAUUCUAUGGCUGUAGCAUCAAGGCAACUGGACUGUCGUGGGCUUGGAGGGCAUAUGGAAUGGCUUUAGGGAAGAAGCACCCCCCCCCCGCUUUAUAUAGGGGCGGGAGAACCUGGGACUCCAGAUUAUUAAUAGGGGGUGGGACUUUUUAAGAAAUGAUUACGUCUGAACGCUUUCAUGUUUAUUUCUAUUAAAAAUUAUAAUUCCCAGA